AUGAUCGUCAACAUUCCCAAUUUUCAAGGACAAGACCGGCUAAUUUCUGCCAUAAACCACAAUCACAAGAACAAGCAGAAGGGAGGAAUCACAGUGGGAGAGAAAGAAAUGGUGAACUAUGUGCUUAAAAUCACCGCUGAUCUCGAGAAUCUCACAAAUCUCCAGCCCUCCGGUGGCUGCGACGACCCCAACUUUCCUUAUCUCUUCAAGUUGAAAUGUGAAAGAUGCGGAGAGGUGACACAGAAAGAGACAUGUGUGACUUUGAAUGAGACAUUUACUCCUCCAGGAGGUAGGGGUACUUGUCAUCUUGUUCAGAAGUGUAAAUUCUGUGGAAGGGAAGGGAAUGUGACAAUGAUUCCAGGAAAAGGUCGACCUUUAACUCUGGAAGAUUCCGAGGCAGGAGAAGAUGCUCCUCUUAUGGUGUUUGACUGUCGGGGCUAUGAACCCAUCGAUUUCGGAUUUGGUGGAUAUUGGAAAGCUGAAGCUGAAUCUGGAACCAAAUUUGAUGAAAUAGACUUGUCGAGCGGAGAGGAAUUCACAGAGUACGAUGAGAAGGGCGAGUGUCCGGUUAUGAUUUCAAACUUCCGUGCAAGCUUCAGCGUCACCAAAAAACCAUCCAAAGUUUGA